UUGAAAGCGAGGGCGUUUAUAUGAGAUGUAAUAUAACGCCGCCUGACAUAUGAGGAACUUGGGAAGGCCACAUGACGAAAUGGCUGUGGGAUGGAGAGUAUAAUACUGGACGUCUCGGUCAGACCUUCUAGUUCUGUCCUUGUUCUUGUCCGCCCCGUCAUCUUCGCCUUCACCUUCGCUCUUCUCCCAUUUGCACUGUCGUCGUUCUCCAGCCAUGAAGUUAUUUCUUCUUGCUUCGGCGCUUGCCGUCCAGCAAGCUGCCAGCCAUGCCAUCUGGCAAGAGCUUUGGGUCAACGGUGUAGAUAAGGGAACAACAUGUGUUCGAAUGCCUGGUGGAACGGGUUCAAACACACCCGUGACAAACGUGGCGGGUAACGAUAUUCGUUGCAAUGUCGGCGGCACAAAGGGUGUGUCGGGGAAGUGUGCAGUAGCUGCGGGGGAUACUGUGACAGUUGAGAUGCACCAGCAACCUAAUGAUCGUUCAUGCAAGAACGAAGCCAUCGGUGGCGCCCACUACGGCCCUGUUAUGGUUUACAUGACGAAAGUCUCCGAUUCUGCAACCGCAGACGGGUCUACUGGAUGGUUCAAAAUCUUCGAGGAUGGUUGGACUGCAGCAAGUAAGGGCGCUGCCGAUAACGAUCUUUGGGGUGUCAAGGAUCUGAACGCCUGCUGUGGAAAGAUGGAUGUCAAGAUUCCUAGUGAUAUCCCGGCUGGCGAUUAUCUACUCAGAGCCGAAGUCAUUGCGCUGCACACCGCUGGCCAGGCAAACGGCGCUCAAUUUUACAUGAGCUGUUACCAACUCACCGUCUCUGGUGGUGGAAGCGCCAGCCCGGCGACUGUCAAGUUCCCGGGAGCAUACAAGGCCACCGACCCCGGAAUCAAGGUCAAUAUCCAUGCCGCGGUAUCCUCGUACGUUGUUCCAGGCCCAGAGGUUUACAGUGGAGGAACGAAGGUCACAGCUGGAUCGUACGUUUGCAAGAAUAAGAAGCUUAGGGGGCUUAAUAAUCCUCUCGAAUUUUAAGCGUAUCGUUGAUGUUCGGUUGCAUCACUACUCAUAUAUGAA